CGAUGACAGCUCAUUAAAGAUUUUCUGUCCAUAGCCAAGAAUUAAACGUAAGCACGGUAGUGUAAAUAAUAAGCUGAUUAGUCUACCACACCAUAAGAAGUUUUAGCAAACAACGUAACAAAUACAUUCCAAUAAGACAGCAAACUGCGAUAAAGUAAUAAAAUAUGGCUUCGGCUACGGUAAGAAAUGUGCCAUUACUGGAAGAUGACACUAUUCCUUUCGGUGAGGAAGAUGAAAUGCGCGAUCCGAGUACAGCCGCUAAAAGAUAUGCGCAUCCUUACGUGACAUUUUUCCACCUGUUCUUCCGUGGCGCCGCAGUGGUUUUAUAUAUGUUCUGUGGCUGGUUCAGUGACUCCUUCAUAACAAGUUUCGUGUUCGUUGUGCUAUUUCUAUCGGCCGACUUUUGGACUGUAAAAAAUAUUACUGGUCGUUUGUUGGUGGGACUACGUUGGUGGAAUUACGUCGAUGACGAAGGCGUAUCACACUGGGUGUUCGAAUCCAAGCAGGGUCGUGUAAACAAUAAUGAAGCGCGCGUAUUCUGGCUGGGUCUAAUACUCUUCCCCGUUUGUUGGGGCCUAUUUUUCGUGGUAGCACUUUUUGGCUUGAAGUUCAAAUGGCUUCUGCUAGUCAUGAUUGCACUGGCACUCAAUGGUGCCAAUUUAUUCGGUUAUGUUAAGUGUAAUUUCGGUGCAAAUAAGGAUCUCAACACGGCGGCAACGGAUUUCGUCAAGACGCAGCUAUUUAAAAACGCCGUCGAUAUUAUGACAAAACCAAGUGCACAACCGCCCACUGCGCGACCAACUAACGUAGUUUAGCUUGCACCAGGCACAAGCGUCUUAGUUCCACUAUGCUUAAUAUAUAAAUUGUGUAUACUUAAUAUUAGUUAGUUUACCUUUUGUUGUUUUAUACACGUAUUACAUAUUUAAAAUUUUAUUUUCAACAUAAACAGCGAAGUAAAUUGCAAUAACGUGCAAAA